GCUAAACCUUAAACCAUGUUAAUCUUUCGUCAAUUCACCCACAAAACCCCCAAAUCAGCCACACUUCUUUGCAAUACCUCUCGCUUCCUCACCACCCAAAGUCCUCACCCAUUUCCAGACCAACCCAAUUCCUCCGACUACGACGACCUCAUCAAUGCCGCCGGCCGUGAAAGAGACUUCGCCGCCGUCCGCCACCUCCUCAACAAGCGCGUAAGAGACGGUUGUUUCAACACCACCAAAACCUUCAAGUUCAUCUCCACCGACCUGUCCGUACUCGACGACCUUUUGCAAUCCCUCUCUCUUCUCGAUAGAGGGUUUCCCAGGAAGAGCGCGCACGACUCUCUCGUCGGUCGUCUCUCCAAGUUGCAGAGAACGGAUGAAGCCCUGCGAUUGGCGGACAUUAUGGUCAAGAAUGACUAUGGCGCUAAUGCGUGUACGUUUCAUCCCAUUCUCAACGCCCUCACGAGGCAAAAGAGAAUGGACGAAGCAUGGCGCGUGAUGGAGUUGAUCAGAGAGAAUGGGAUUACACCUGAUGUGACGGCUUAUAAUUAUCUGCUGACCGCUUAUUGUUUCGCCGGAGACGUGAUGUCAGCGGCCAGAGUACUGACGAGAAUGGUGGAGGAGGGAAUGGAGGCAGAUACGAGGACGUAUGACGCGCUGGUUCUGGGAGCGUGUAGGGCGGACAAGGUGGAGGGGGCAUUGGUGGUGCUGAGGAGAAUGGUGAUUGAUGGAGUGCCGGCGUUGUAUUCCACUCAUGCACACGUUAUUGGGAGUCUGCUGAAGUUGGGUCAUUAUGCGCAGGCGGUGGAGCUUGUGAUGAGCUAUGGUGGGAGGGAUAAGGGGUUAGAUACAGAGAAUUUUGGGCUUUUGGCUAAUCGAUUGAUUAAUUUGAGAAGGUUUGAUGAUGCUAAGUUUGUAUUGGAGGAGAUGAGAAAAAUGGGGCUGGCAAUGGGCUACAGAUUGAAGGAUUUUUAUGACUUACAUAUGAAUAAUUAACUACCAUCUUGUUGGUUUGAUUUUUAUUGAGUUCAUCUUUUAUUGUUGCCUAAUUAUUAACAUCAUAGGUUGAGGUUUAGGAAACCAAAACAUUUUUUUUUAAAUUCUUCUUGUUGUUUGUUGAAAUUUUGUGAUGAAGCUGCUGAAUAUCUGGUUGUUAUAAGUUUUGGUCAUGAAUUUUCUAAUAAGAGAGAUGAAAAGAUUUUUUUUUUUCUAGAAAAAAAGAGGAACAUUGCAGAGUACAAUUAUCUUCAAUGAAUAAGUGGUUCAGGAAUUGAAUCCUUAGAUUUAGUCGAUGAUGGGACCAUUAUACCCCUUGGUAGACACACCUCAAACUGAGAGGCCUGUUCAAAAAUGCACGAGAUGUGGAGACAAGAAAUGCAGCUUGAUAUGAGAACAAGAACAAAUCAUUAAAGAAAUAAGCUAGAUAUAUUAUCGGAUUGACGGUUCAAUGCCGCAGCAGAUGAUUAAUUGGAGAAGCAGAGAAUAAAGUUCAUGGAAGCUUGAGGGUCGAUGGAUGAAUAUGUUUAUGGAAGCUCAACUCAAGAAAAUGAAACGGCCAGCAUAGCAAACUCCCAGUCCAG